AUGGGCGCGCACGAGCGGAGCUCCGCGCGUCUCGGCUCGGUCGUGUCACUGUGCGGGUGUUUGGCCUUGCUGUGCUGGGUGACAGUGCCCCGGGUCGAGGCUGGCUGCCGGCAGAGGGAAAGCCCAAACUGCUGCACCGGUCGGAACAACGACUGCUUGGAGUACACGCGGAGGAAGACGGUGUGCUACUGCGACACGUACUGUCAGAAGACCGGAGACUGCUGUGACGACUACCAGAGCGUGUGCCAAAUAUCCGCAGCCAUCGACUGUGUGGUGGGUUCAUGGGGCCCCUGGUCAUCAUGCACCACUCCAUGCGGGGUGGGCAGCACCGAAAGGAGUCGGCAAGUGUCUGUCCCUCCUCGAAACGGGGGGACUCCUUGCCCGGACCUUAAACAGCGCCGCGGGUGCUUCGGAAACAACAAAAUAUGCAGUUCGGCGAAAGAGGUGGCAAAGAUUCUUCCGGAUUCCUUCCAGAGGAACUUUAAGGACCCUUGGAGGAGGCCUCACAUGCUAAUAAAGGAAGAGAAGGCCAGCUACUGCGUCUAUUUGAGGGUGAAACAAAUAAGCGCGGCCUGCAAACUGAAACUGUGGAGUGCCCAGCUGGUGAGAGAAAGGCUGGUGUGCGCUGAGUGCCAGAGUGAUGCCAUGUCUAAGUCGGACCGAUGCGGAGGAGAUGGCUUAGAGGGCACCAGAACCUUCUGGUCGGCAGCUUCGGGCGUAGGCUGCCAUGGAACGUGGGUGCGAGAGUCGUCGUCCAAAAGCUGCCGGUGUCCCCCUUACUCUGUCCUCUUUGUGUGA